AUGGAAUCCGAAAUUGACAAAACGCAAACUAGGAAAAAAGCGCCAAAACCAUUCUCGAUAGAAUCAAUAAUAGGUAGCACGGACAGAAAAUCGCCUGAGAUUGAUAUAGAGAAUAAUUUGUCGGAAAAUUCUAGAAACUCGGAGGACGAUGAGCCAGAACGAUCGGAAGAUUUGAACCGCAUGCGCUAUUAUCUAAACACGCCAUUUUUUAACCAAACUGGAGUAAGCUUUCCGUUUCUACUUGGAUAUCCGGAGCCGUGGCUGUCUCGAAUGCUUGGCUCAAGUGUGCCUGGACAAAAUACAGCAACUGAGAACAGGGACGAAGAGAAAAGGGAAAGCCCGUUGAGUGUAGGCAGCGAGAUUGAAAGUGAUGGAGCAGAAGACAAUCCUCAGGGCAAUGACUCAGAAAUAGAUCCAGAAGAUUCAAGCACUGACACGCCUCGAGAGAACAGCAAAGCGCGAAGACGACGCACUGCAUUCACCUCCGAACAGCUGUUGGAGCUUGAGCGGGAAUUCCAUGCGAAAAAAUACCUUAGUCUCACAGAAAGGUCACAAAUCGCAUCGGCAUUAAAGCUGAGUGAAGUUCAGGUGAAAAUUUGGUUUCAAAAUCGGAGAGCAAAAUGGAAGAGAGUUAAAGCUGGUCUGGCAUCUGGAAGUCAUUCUGGUGGAAAGAAUGGGUCAGGCACCAAAAUAGUAGUCCCAAUACCUGUUCACGUAAAUCGAUUCGCAGUUAGAACACAACAUCAUCAGAUGGAAAAACAGAACGGUCUUCAAUACCGGUUAGAUAGAACACAACCACUGCCUGGAAGCUUAUUGCAAUCGCAAACAUCAGCGUUUCUAAGCGCAACAAAAGUUAAUACAGAAAGUCGUCAGGAACCAGUCAUUUUGAAUCCCGUCCUAAAUCGUAACACUAUUUAUGAUGCAAACAUGUCUGCGAGGUUGGCAUCUAUGAGUCAAGCAACUAAUUUAAGGCAUUACCCCAGUCAAAAUGGCCGACACAGUUAA